CGGCGUGUUUAGUGGGGACAGCUGUUAUGGGGAACAUCUGUCGCGUACGCGUGAAUCAACAUAAUAGCCAAAUGUAAAUACGAGCUUACAGAAAACGUCGUCUGCUAUCACUCCAGUGUGUAAAUGACUCGGAUAAACAUUCAAGUUAUAGAUAUUUCGAAUUGAAAAUUUUAAGAAAUAAAGUUACACUUUAUUACAAAUCUGCUGAUAAUUUCGAUUUAUUUUUGUUUUAAAAUAAAUGUAACUGAAUUAAGUUAAUCGGGAAAUAAUAUGGAUAUUGCGUUAUUUUAAUACAGAAUUAUGAGCAUGGACCUAUCGUUGAAUCACGUGCCCCAGAGCACCCUCGAGAAUACAGUGGAAGAUACGCAUCACUCUUCUGACAGCCAUCAUGAGAUGUCCACGUUUCUAACGGGGUACGCAGAGUGUGCAGAAGAGGCGUUAUGGUACUUGACAGAAGUAGAGAAGCUUCCGCAGAAUCAUCCAACAGUCGUUGGACUAAAGAUGCAUUUGAAUGAACAAUAUCGUAUGUUUCAGAUCAAGCAUCUGCUACGCAAUGCUUUGUACAUGUCAGACGAGGACGAUACCGAGGCAGACGAUGAAGAAAAUGACGACAGCGUCAACGCAGACGACACUAUAGACUGUGUCCCUAAUUGUGCAAUAUAUAAACAAUCCGUGCCAAAAUGUGAGAACACAGACAUAGAAUACGAAUCUCUCAAGGAUAAUGAUACAAAUGGCGUGCAUAAAAACAAUAGCACGCCAUCUUUUACGAACGAAAAUAAAUCAUCGAUACCUAACGCCACAGAAGGAGAAAACAACGAAUCCGAAUCCGAGCUUUCACCAGAAGCGCACAUGGUUGCCGUUGCUCUUGCUGAAGAAAUAUAUGCCCUACUUCAAAGUCGUAGCGAUGCCAAGGAUGAACAAAAUGAAGAGGUUGAUUAUUCUACAGACACAGACAUUGAAAGUGUUGAUGAGGGCUUUGACGAAAGCAUCGAAGCGUGAAUUGUUUACAUGUUGUUAUUGUUGAAUUCAAUUUAUUUAUUUUUUCACAAAAGCUAUUUAUUACAGAAUAUUACAAUGUUACAUACAUUUC